GCCACCUCGCGACACCCAUACCGCAUACCACACACGAAAUGGCAUCGCCGCGAGCCAUCACCGCGCUGGCGCGCUCGCGGCCCACCUACUCCCUCCUCAGCGCCGCAGCUGGACGCCCGGCGGCCUUCUCAACUGGGGUAGUGAGGCAAAGAGCGCAUGAGGCAAAAGCAGAAGGACUACCUCCUCAAGGCUUCAGGCUGCCUACUCCACGGAAAUGGAACGAGAACAAGGAGAGCAUUUGGGAUGCGGCAGGCAAAUACUUCCUUCUCACCGAGAUGGCGAGAGGAAUGUACGUGCUCCUUGAGCAGUUCUUCCGCCCUCCAUACACCAUAUACUACCCGUUCGAGAAGGGCCCCAUCUCCCCGCGCUUCCGUGGCGAACAUGCUUUGAGACGAUACCCCACGGGCGAGGAGCGCUGCAUCGCCUGCAAGCUGUGCGAGGCCAUCUGCCCGGCACAGGCCAUCACAAUCGAAGCUGAAGAGCGAGAAGAUGGCAGCCGAAGAACGACGCGCUACGACAUUGAUAUGACCAAGUGCAUUUACUGCGGCUUCUGUCAAGAGUCUUGCCCCGUGGAUGCCAUCGUGGAGAGCCCGAACGCCGAGUACGCGACAGAGACGCGCGAGGAGCUUUUGUACAACAAGGAGAAGCUCCUCUCGAACGGAGACAAGUGGGAGCCGGAAUUGGCAGCUGUGGCAAGAGCGGAUGCGCCAUACAGAUAAAGCUGAUGGCUGGAGGAUGAGGUUCUGUUUCCUUGGAGUGCAAGAGAUGGCACUCAACGAUACCUAGGCAGGCAGUUCUCUAUGUCGUUUGAAGUGCUACAAAUGCUACAGAUACUGUACAUACGGACGGACGGUGCUUCCACGGCGAUGAGCUGACCCUAUAAUGGAGGACAUUGUAGAUUGUAUUUGUCCGUUCCAGCAAAGACAGCACAAAUUCGGAGCUUACCUGAUGCAACCC